CUUCUUCCCCAAAACAAAAACAUUGGAGCUCUGUUUUUUCAGACAUUCUGAAACGCUAACCAUAAAGGGUCUGAGAAAAAACAGCUGAUUUGCCUCUGUUAUCGUUUGAUUUUGAAGAUGGCUGAGAAUCAAGCUUUUGGUGUUUCCACGGCGGCGGUUCCACAAGGUGGUUCCAAGUGCUUUGACGACGACGGCCGGCUAAAGCGAACUGGGAAUGUUUGGACAGCUAGUGCUCACAUUAUUACAGCCAUUAUUGGCUCUGGCGUUCUUUCAUUGCCGUGGGCGACGGCACAGCUCGGCUGGAUCGCCGGUCCGUUGGCUAUGUUCUUGUUCGCAGUAGUUACUUAUUACACUUCCCUUUUUCUCUCCGCCUGUUACCGGUCCGGCGACCCUGUUUCCGGCAAGAGAAACUACACUUACAUGGAUGCCGUUGAGGCCAAUUUCGGCGGUUUUAAUGUGAAAUUAUGUGGGUUUGUUCAAUACUUGAGUCUUUUCGGAAUCGCAAUUGGCUCUACAAUUGCUUCAGCCAUAAGCAUGAUGGCAAUUAAAAGGUCAAAUUGCUUCCAUGCAAGUGGUGGGAAAGAUCCUUGCCCAAUCAAUAGCAAUCCGUAUAUGAUUGCUUUUGGGAUUGUUGAGAUAAUUUUAUCACAAAUUCCAGAUUUUGAUCAGCUAUGGUGGCUCUCCAUUGUCGCUGCUGUCAUGUCUUUUACUUACUCAACUAUAGGACUCGGCCUCGGAGUUUCCCGAGUCGCCGAAACUGGGGAAAUCAAAGGCAAUUUGACUGGAAUCAGCUCAGGAACUGCCACUCAAUCCCAAAAAGUUUGGAGGAAUUUCCAAGCUCUUGGAGACAUUGCUUUCGCCUACUCGUACUCGAUGAUCCUCAUCGAAAUUCAGGACACAAUUAGAUCGCCGCCGUCAGAGGGGAAGACAAUGAAGAAGGCAACACUAGUGAGUGUGACGGUGACAACACUAUUCUAUAUGUUGUGUGGCUGCGCCGGCUACGCCGCCUUCGGCGACAUGUCGCCACCGAAUCUACUGACCGGAUUCUAUACUCCUUAUUGGGUUAUCGACAUUGCCAAUGCCGCCAUUGUUAUCCACCUUGUCGGAGCUUACCAAGUGUACUGCCAACCCAUUUUUGCCUUUGUGGAAAAGUAUGCGUCGGAGAAGUUUCCGGCCAACAAAUUCAUCACCAAAGAGAUCGAAAUUCCGAUCCCCGGCUUCCGGCCGUACAAAUUCAACCUUUUCCGGUUGGUUUGGAGGGCGGUUUUUGUGAUUGUAACGACCUUGAUCUCCAUGCUUCUACCGUUCUUCAACGACGUCGUUGGACUCCUUGGAGCUAUUGGAUUUUGGCCUCUUGCUGUCUAUUACCCUGUUGAGAUGUACAUUCUUCAAAAGAAGAUACCUAAAUGGAGUUCUAGAUGGGUGCGCUUCCAAAUCUUGAGCGUCGCCUGUCUUAUAAUCUCGAUAGCCGCCGCCAUCGGUUCGGUCGCCGGAGUUCUUAUUGAUCUGAAGAGCUACAAGCCUUUUACCACGAGUUUCUGAUUUUCAAUUUAACCUUUAACCUCCAUAACAAUCAGAUCGAAAGAUAACUAAAAGUAUUUUUAGUUUC